AUGCAACAUCCACAGAUUGACGAGAGUUUUCUGCACAACGGGUCGAAGCUGGACGAUGUCAUGAAAUUAUUGCAUUCCAUCGCAAGUGCGCAGAAGCCAGCUGAGGAAGAGUUAAAGCUACAAACAGGGACCAUUACUGACAUUACGGAGGACAACUUUGUGGUCGCCAAACGUCGAGAGCAACCGGAGCUGAACAAACAAACCAUUAAGUCAAAUGUGCCGGAAUCAAAUAAGGAUCUGUUCACAUUUAUGCGACAGAUGGAAAUUAAUCAGGAGGAGCGUUCAAAGGCGCGUUUGGAGCGCGAACGUGUUGCUCAGAACUUCAGAAAACUCGGCAACUUUGAGUAUCGUAGAGGCAGCUAUGAAGUUGCUAUGAGGAUGUACAGCGAGGCUAUAGAAAACAUCAAGGACAGCCCCGUUCUAUAUAUAAAUCGAGCCUUGUGUUAUAUAAAAUUGGAAAGAUUCAAGCGUGCCAUCAUCGACUGUGACUUCGUGCUGAAUACGCUGGAUGAGAAAAAUCUACGAGCCUGGCUCUAUAGAGCUGCGGCCUACAAAAGCAUGAACGACGACUUCAAUUAUGAUAAUUGUGUGAAAUUCGCUCGCAAAUAUAAUUCCAAGCAAAUGGAGUUUAUUGACAAGUUUUUGCAAAAAAUGCAAACUGAUUUAUAA